UGUGAGGCUGCUGAACAAGUAAACCACCACAAGCGGCAGCAACUUUUAGAGAAUGGCAAAUCUAACUCAUAAACCAGACAUUUCUUCUUUCAUUUCUAGGGUUUUUCAUCCAACAACUCGCAGCUCACUCAGUCCUUUCAACCCAAUAACAUAUAAGUUCUCUUUGGAAUCACUUGGAAGCAAGAAGGUUUUGUUAAUCAAGCGUUUUCAAGGAUUAGCUCAGAAAUGGGAUAUUCAAGUUCAAGAAACAUUCAAGGGCGCUCAAUCUUCAACCAACCAGUUAUUGGUUCAUAUUGUCAGAGGGGGUGAAAACUUGACCUCGAUAUCGAGGCGUUAUAAUGUAUCGGUACAAGCAAUUGCUGCUGUUAACUCCAACAUUGUGGAUAUUGAUCUAGUUUUCGAAGGGCAACGACUUAAUAUUCCUCGUUCCAGAUUUUUAGAUGCUCAAAUGGGCGCAAGAUUGAAAAGUUGGUCAUACCUCAAUGAUGUGCACAAAAGAUACCAAACUUCUUUUAAUACCUUGGUAGGACAUGCAAACCACAAGGUGUUACCUGUGCUAUCUCCUCAUCAGUUACUACUUGCUAAAACUACUGGUUAUAUUCUGCUUCUGGUUCCUGUUGUAGCAGUUUGCAUCAGAUACGUAAUCCACGUGUUUCAUGCCAAUUUCACAAACUGGAAGCGUCAAGGCUUAAAUCAACCAAAGGGGCAUAACUUUGGAUCCAGAAGUAUUCGCUGGAAAACUGCUCUUAGGGACAUAAGGGAACCAGAAGGGCCAGAAGCUUCGGAUUCGGAGGUGAACCAAGAAUAUGAGAGUCCACAAGAAGAAGAUCAAUCUGAAGUCCUUCCAUUUGAGGGAACCUCGCAUGACUAUACACAUCUUGAACCUGCCUAUCAGAAAUUCCUUUUGGAAUGUGGAAUAAGUGAAUCUGGAUAUUGGCGUGGAGGUUCGUCUAAAUAGUAUCUUUAUGUUGAAAGAUACUGCCGUUACAUCUGUUCAAAGAGAGGUUUGCUGAUAGAGUUGCUGUAAAGUUCUGACGUCAAAAUUAUUUUCUUCUGAAUCAAGUUUACUUAGCCAACAACAAGGGUAUUAUUUUCUGUUUUUUUCACCUGUGUGGUUGUGUCAGAAGGAAAACCCAAUUGUAUAUUCACCAAGUAUUCAAAAGUACUCGGUUCUAAUUCAAUCGUAUAUCAUUUUGUUUCAGUUGUUAUCAGUGACUACCAGUUUGUAAUUGCAACUAGAAAAGGUAAAUAUGGCCCUGGUUCUGGU